AUGAAAUACGCAGAUAUAUCUCAUUUUAGCCACCCAAUACAUUACCUCAGAUACGACUACACGGAGAAGCCCUUCCAGUGUGAUGGCUGCAAUAAAGUCGGGAUUGGCUCUCGCUGUCGCUGCUCCAAUGAUCAUCAAAUCUGCGAUUUCGAUCUCCAUGCACAUUGGGCCUUACCUUCCGCCUCCAUAAUACAUCCGUUCUACAAAAUAUGUACGUUUCAGUUUUUGGCCAAGCCGCCAGGGAAUGAGAGACGGUCGUCUUGCAAAAAGUACAAUCUCCACGUAGCGUGCGUGAGGGAGAUGUUGUUGUGGCGAAUUGGUGGGGAGCUGUACAAAGGAGAACGUGGUAAAAGCAUAGAAGGCAAGAGCCUGGCUUUAAAGAAUACGCUUGAGCACCACCACCGUAGCAGCAGCGAAGGCAAAGUCCAGAAAUGCUGUGAGAUCGCUGGAAUGGCCGUGCAGUUCGUUAUCUCUGCCGUGCUUGGCGAUCAAACGGCCCUUAUCGCCGGAGUUGUAGGUUCUCUCAUCUCCCGAGGAUGA